GCCGUCAAAAAGUCUGAUGAUUGUUUUUGGAUUGUCAUUGUGUUGAGUGUAAAUUAUCCAUCUGGAAUAAAUAAACAACUGGGAAAACGAAGAAGAUGUCCGAAAUGGAAGUCACAGGUGGCAGUGAUAACUGCUCCAAUGAUCUAUUACUUCUAGAUCGCGUUUUCUUGAGACUCGGUAAUGCUGACACGGACGACCAGCUCGAGAGCUGUCUUAAUAGAUUCCUGCCUCCUGUAAUCCUAAAACUAUCUUCACCCCAUGAACAGGUGCGCACGAAAGUGAUGGAGUUACUGGUUCAUGUCAAUAAACGUGUUAAAUGUCGUUCUGAAGUAAAGUUACCUGUUGAAACGUUAUUGCAACUUUAUCGAGAUCCUUCUGCAAACAGUUUCAUCAUAAAUUUCUCUAUAAUCUACAUUACUAUGGGCUUCCCUCGUUUGCCUCAUGAACAGCAGUUGACACUAACACCAUCUUUGUUAGAAGCCAUUGAAAAUAAACCCCAAGGACAUCAAGAUGGAAUUUUAAUGCUAGUCAUGCCUUUGCUUGGUAAGAUUAAAGAAACUGAUUUGAAUUUAAAAGAGAAGCCAAAGCUUUCAUCAUUGGUUUUGAAAUUUGCAACUGAUGUCCUGCUCUUACCAUACAGAGCUUUACCGCAUCCAGGAGAGAGUGAUUUCCAAGUACCACCUGGUAUGAGUAUGAAAACAUACAAGAGACUAGUGGAUAAAAAUCAACUGAAUCCUAAUCAGUUGGAGGAGAUGAAGCUCUCUAUAGUGAAUUUCAUAAGUAAAGACAUUUUCAACAACAAUGAUAUUCUCUUGACAUUGAUCGUUGCGGCCGCAGAUUCACGGUUCAGUGUAGCGAACCACGCAAAUAGUCCACUCAUUCGGGUUAACAGUUCCGUGGAUUGGUCACAGCCUGCUGUGGUGGCGCCACUGUAUUCCCUCUAUCUAGGCACCUGGGGAGGUUUGAAGGUACCACCAGAUGAUCGCAAGGUUCCAGCUUGCACAAGAUUAAGAUUGAAGCUUAUUCAAUAUUUAAACAAAGCUACUGGCCCAGCCAUAAUGUUCCCACAUUGCGUGCAGGUUGUAUUCUCGUCACUAUUCGAUCCGAAUACGAAUUCAAGACUCAGAAAUAUGGCGUUGGUGUUUUUAUUGAACGUCAUUAAUGGUGGUGAUAAGACACAAUUAAAGAAAGUAGCGGCUGUUUUUUUGCAAGGUUUGUUGAAACUAAUCCGAUCAGAAGAACAUGCAGAACACCAACCGAGAGCUUACAUGUGCUUAGGUAGAUUGGCUAUGAAGUGUCCGGGCAGCAUUGGCAAUCAGCUGGGGCUGCUGGAAGAGCUAGUGAAUAAGUUGCCUGCACCUGCUCCUGAACUCAACACCGCUCUCAGAGACGCCGUGCUGGAGAUGGCGAGUGCCUUCAAGAUCAAACCUGAAGAUAAGCCUUCGAGUGAUACUGUUCAAGCCCAGGGACCGAGUACUUCGCAAAAUGAUGAGCCGAACCCAUUCGACGAACCUCAAGCGUUGGCUUUGUUCGCGUUACUGGAUCAUUACAUGCACAGCGAGGAGGUGAUGGUUCGUUACAUCGCGAUGAGAUACGCGGCGGUUGUGUUUCCCGCGCAUUACGUCCCUUCGCGUUACCUCUUACUACUGGCCAGCGGAGACAGUCAAGACGAUAUAUCGACGGAAGCGUUAAAAUAUCUAUACGGUACAUCUCGUCCCAACGAAAUAGAGGACGUUGUGAACAACGUGUCCAAGAAAGAGGCGGCGGUAGUCAAUUUAGAUGAGGAUUCCUCUAAGAAGGAAAGAGACGACAAACAGGAAACUGAAGAAUUAAAAGUACCUAAGUUUACCGAGGUGGUGAGCUACGUAUGGGAACAGAUGCAGAAACGAAAGACUGGAUCGAACGCUAAACAUAGGUUCGUGAUCGGUAACCAGGUGUUGCAGUUUCAUCCUCAAACCUAUCAGGAGAUACUAAGGUAUAUGCGGAUGUGUUUGAAUCGUGACGCCGGCUUAAAAGAUUGUUCCAACCAUCCGAAUGCGACCUCGCCUCAGUUGGCCAAGUAUUUCUAUGAUAAAUUGCUGGAUACUGAGGUUCUGGAGCGAUAUCUAACUAUGAUAACUACUUUACUCAACGCUCGCCCAGAUGUGAUGCCAUUAACAUGCUUCCUAGAUAUUGUCGGCUGUGUGCCUGAAAAGAUGGCGUCGAAAUACACAAAUCUUCUAUCAUUCCUUAAGAAUUUAUUUACGACCAGCACAAAGGAGGAAAUGAGGGAGAACGCCGCUGUUGUUUACGCAAUAAUAACUGUCAGCACGAGUGAUAAGUCCACUGUUGAGAAAGAGAUAAAAGAGUUCGUGGAACAAGGACGGAAUAAUAAGAAUCUCGAGAGCCAGUGCGGUUAUUUGUCGGCGCUUGCGCAUAUGUGCGAAAGAUGUAUAGUUUAUUCGAAGAGGGGCAAGUUUGGGGGGAAAGGUUUUAGUGCGGCCAAUUGGGAGCCAUUUAAAGAAGGUGUUAUAGUUUUAGCUAAUUUACUUAUAAGUCCACUAACUUUACUAGUCAGUACUUCCGUUACUGCCAUAUCUCUACUGGCCCGCUGCUCAGGGAUGCCAGUGCCAGAUUAUACAACGAAACAGAACGCACAAUUACAAAGCGAUAAUCCGUUCAACAUAAAUAAAAGCGACGCGAAUAUAGACUCUGAAGAUGAGAUCACAAAGUUCACAAUCGCAGAUAGACUGUUCAGGAUCGUUGGUAACGCAAAACUUCCAUCGAAAGUCAAAGAGAGGUCGCUUUAUACUCUUGGGCUGUUGUGCUGCGGAGAAAGGUUGACAUUCGCUAAACAAAUUGUCAUGGGGUUCUUGCAGAUGGCUAAAGAUAGUAAAGAGUUUGAAAUUCACCUACAAAUAGGAGAAUCUUUAGUGCUAUGUGUGGAGGGUGUUAACUCCAACGAAAAUCGAGAUCUAUGGACAGAGUUGCCCAAAGAAGGAGACGCAAAAAUUAAAGAUCAAGAUGUGCUGAAGGAAAAUGACAAGUUAUUAGAAUGGCUUUUGGAAGAACUUGUCAAGAUCGGUAGACAUCCACAUCCACAUUCCAGACAAGCAACUAGCAUAUGGUUGUUAGCAUUACUAAAGAAUUGUCCAGAGCGUGAACCAAUUAAGACCAAGCUACAGUCUUUGCAAAAUGUUUUCAUGGACUAUCUGUCGGAGAAUAGCGAGAUUGUGCAAGACGUGGCGAGUAAAGGUCUCAGUUUGGUGUAUCAGAAUUCGGAUGAAAGUCAGAAGCAGGCUCUAGUUGGGCAAAUCAUUGAGCAAUUGACUAGUGGCAAGCGGGCGGUAGCCCAGGUCACCGAAGAUACGAAGGUGUUCGAAGAAGGACAGUUGGGGAAAGCCCCUACUGGAGGGAAUCUCUCCACUUACAAGGAACUGUGCUCGUUAGCUUCAGAUCUGAAUCAGCCAGACUUGUUAUAUAAGUUUAUGCAUCUCGCACAUCACAACUCUAUGUGGAAUUCUAAAAAAGGUGCGGCAUUCGGUUUCCACUCGAUCGCUCUGCAGGCGGGCGCGCAGUUAUCUGAACAUUUGCCUCGCAUUGUACCGAGAUUGUAUCGGUACAGGUUCGAUCCUACGCCGCGUAUACAGAACUCUAUGGCGAGCAUAUGGCACGCCAUAGUUCCUAACACGCAAGCUACGGUACACAAAUACCACAAAGAAAUAUUAGAUGAUUUAGUGGCCAAUUUGACAUCGAACCAAUGGCGCGUCAGAAUGUCGUGCUGUAACGCGCUCGCUGAUUUGUUACGUGGGGCACAGAGUCUACAUUCGUCUCUAGAACAAUUACCUACGUUAUGGACUCAACUGUUUCGAGUUAUGGACGACGUACACGAAGGCACUAGACAAGCCGCUACCUCUACUGCCAACGUGCUCUCUAAGCUUUGUAUCCGGGCAGCGGACGCGAAUCAAGGUAAAGACGGCAAGGAGGUCGUCGCUGUUAUAUUACCAGUUCUAUUGGAGACCGGCAUCACUAAUGUCGUGAAGGAAGUCCGUAGUGUCAGUUUACAAACGGUGUCGAAGCUUGUCACCGCGGCGGGCGAGACGCUGAAGCCGUUCCUCAGUCGGUUAGUGCCGGCACUGGCGAGCGCGGCCGGCGAGCUAGAGUCGGCGCGCCUGUCCUACCUGAGCACGGCGCUCGCUGCGGACGCGACCACGCGCGACAUGCUCGACGACAUGCGCGCCACCGCCGCCCGCCACCACUACACCACCGACACCGUCGUCAAGUGUAUGCCGUACAUCGAUAUAGAAGUGAUGAAGGAGAUGUUGCCGAGUAUCUUGGAGCUCAUGAAGUCGCCUCAGUUGGGUACUAAAGUUGCCUGCUGCCACUUCAUAGUGCUCGCCGCUCAUUACCUCCGCGCUGAUCUGGAACCUGUCGCGGGCAAAAUCAUGUCCAAUCUACUGAACGGCACAUUUGAUAGAAACGCUACUGUAAGGAAGAACUACGCGGAGGCUUUGGGACAAGUCUCUGCAUAUGCUAAGCCUCAAUCAGUGGAGAAAUUAAUGAAGAAACUGGUGAACCUUUAUGAGACUAAAGAGGACGAUUUGUCUCGGUCGGCUGUGGCAUUGACUUUGAAGGCUGUAGCCAAAGCAAAGAUAGAACAUAUAAAAGACAACGAAGAUAUAUUGGCACCUAUGGUUUUCUUGGCGAUGCACGGACUGAAAGACGACGAAUCAGGAAGUGUGGAGAUGUUCGAGGAGAUAUGGGCGGACGUGAGUCCAGCACGCGAGGCAGGCAUAAAGCGCCAUCUGUCCGCCAUAUGUGCGGAACUAGAGCGAGCUCUGUCAUCCUCCAGAUGGGCCGAUAAGAUACAGGCGUCGAACGCAAUCCAGACGGUAAACAAGGAGUUGUCUAGUGGUUUGGGCCCGCAGCGUGAAUCGUUACUGCGCGCAAUACUCGCCGCCGCCGCCGGAAAGACAUUCGACGGAAAGCAACACGUCAUAAACGCCCUCGCCGACCUCUGCGAGGUGAAAGAAGGUGAGCCGGCAAUAUCUAGCUCAUUGGCAUCUGAAUGUAUCAAUGCUCUAAUAGUGGAGAGUCGUAAGCAGGAGAUGGUAUAUAAGAAACAUGCUGUAUUAGCACUCGGACGAGCGCUCGCUCACACACACUGCGAUAGAUUCACUCAAGUAUAUGACAUAGUCAAACUGGUGUUAACAAAGGAUGAAUCGUCAGUAGGUAAAGAAUCAGAUGAAGAAGACAACGAAGGAGCCCGCCAGAGACGGGAACAAUUGACAGCAUUAAAAGAAGCGGCUUAUGAGCUUCUAGGCAAAGCUUGGCCCAAAGAUGCACAAACACAGGAGAAAUACCAAGACGUAUUUUUCGAGCACUGCGCCCAAUCUUACGCGUCUAGCUCUCGAUCGACGCAAUUAGCCAUGUUGUCGUCCAUCGCGCGCGUGAUAGAGAGACUAGUUAUAUUCACACGAACGGACGAACCGAUGGACACUGACAACGUGGCUGUCACAGACAAGGACAACGCAAUCGCCACCGUCACGGGACAUAUAGCUGCGGUUAUUGAUUAUACCCUCAAAAACAGUAAUCAAGUCAGACACAGAAGAGAUGCCCUGAAUAUAAUGGAAAUCUUAAUUAAAAAACUAAAGGAGUUGAAUAAAACAGAGGAACUGAAUAAGCUGAAAACGAUUUACCAAACCUACCAGCAAGACUUGUCGAAAGAUGCGUCACACGAAAUAAGAACUAAAUUAGAUAGUAUUAAAGUCCAUUUUAAAUAAUUCUAUGGAAUGUUUGUAAUUUAUUGUAAUUGAAAAAUAUAAUAUUAAAUGAUGAUCUUACUUGCAUUAGUUUUAAUAUAAUAUG